UUGGAGCUGUGUUGGGAUGUGCUGAAGACUGCCACAGGUUGGAUUACACCAAGAGUUAUGCAAUGUAAGUCUAACUACUUUAAUACUUACUUUACAUUAAUACUUUUCUUGCAACUUUGCUGAUUGACCAUCAUUUUGACAUGUUAUGCUUCUAUUGUUUCAGACCAAGACAACUGGUAUCCAUCACUUCUCUGUCAAAAGAUGACCAAAUGCUCCUGAAGCACAGGUGUAGUCUGCAGGAUGAUGUACCACCUGAUGCAACUAUAUGUUUGUACCAUAAGAAAAUAAACCUGGAUUGUUACUCUUCUCUACAAAAAAACUGCAGCAACCCAUAUGGCUUACAUGCAAGACCUAUGAAAAAAAAUCUUCGCAUCAUCUCUCUGUCCCAAGCAGAGGCCAUUGGAAAGACAUCUGUAAAGGCUGGAAUGAAAGAAGACAUAAAAGACCAAUUGGAUAAGUGCUUCACUGCUAUUGGACUUUCCCCAUGUAAAAUCUCACGAGUCAGUCCCAGGGAUAAGGAAGCGUACAUUAAGAGAAAGGUUGAAGAAGUUGGCCACAAGACCAAGGAAAUGCUACAUUGGUGUGCUGCAGUCCCUUCAACGUCAUGGGCUGCUCCUAUGAUGACCACAUCAUCUGCUGAUGUGAGUGAUGUUGGCUAUCUUGUCACAGCUUUGAAGCAAAAGUUAUCAAUCACGACUGGAAAGCAGGAGCAGAUCAAGUUAUUAACUUUGGUACCACAAAGCUGGAGUAUUGCAAAGACCAUUGAUGAAUUUGGUGUUAGUGAGCGUCUAGUCAGACGAGCAAGAGAUCUGCGCUUAGAACAUGGUAUUUUGCCUGUCAUCACACCCUCAAUAGGAAGACCACUGAGUACAGACACUGUAAACAAAGUUAUUGCAUUUUUUCACCAGGAUGAUAUUUCUAGACCACUGCCUGGUAAAAAAGAUUUUAAGAGUGUCAAAGAAGGAGACAAGAGAGUACACAAGCAAAAAAGAUUAAUUGUAAUGAAUCUGAAUGAAGCCUUCCAGCUAUUCAAGCAAUCAAACCCUGACCUGAAGAUAGGAAUCUCCAAAUUUUGCUCACUCCGUCCCAAGGAGUGCAUAACUGUAGGUGCUAGAGGGACACAUUCUGUUUGUGUUUGUGUGUACCACCAGAAUGUGAAGCUAAUGCUUUCUGCUUUCCCAACUGAAAACCAAGCAGAGAAAAUCACCCACACAGAUCUCCUGAACCAUCUUGUGUGUUCCACACAGAACAUGGAAUGCAUGUUACACAGGUGUGAAGAGUGCCUAGGAUCCACAAAUCUAGAACACUUUUUGAAUGACAAAGUAAGUGAUGAUGUAGACAACAUUAGCUUCAAGCAGUGGGUGACAACUGACAGAACAACUCUUUUGGACUACACCAUCUCAACAGAAGACUACCUGGAUUUGCUCAUGGAAAAAGUAAACCAACUGUCGGUUCAUCACUUUAUUGCAAAGCAUCAAAGUCAUCGUUUAUGCCAACUGAAGGAAGAACUGCACUCAGAUGAAUGCAUCAUACUUCUUGACUUUGCUGAGAAUUACUCUUUUAUUGUUCAAGACGCCGCCCAGGGUUACCACUGGGAUAACUCCCAGUGUACCCUGCAUCCUUUUGUGAUCUACUACACGGAGGAUGACCAGCUUAAAUGUUCAAGUAUGUGCAUAGUGAGUGAUUGUCUUAAGCAUGAUACAGAAGCUGUGUACACUUUUCUGUGCAGUGUUAUACCCGAAGUGAAGAAGUUGCUGCCCACUUUGAAGACCAUUCACUAUUUCAGUGAUGGAGCUGCUGCUCAUUAUAAAAACCGCAAAAGCUUUAUCAAUCUGCUUUAUCACUCAUCAGACUUCGGUGUUUCUGCGGAAUGGAACUUCUUUGGAACAUCACACGGUAAGUCACCAUGUGAUGGAAUAGGUGGCACAGUAAAGCGAGAGGCUGCAAGAGCGAGUCUGCAGGCCACUGAUACAAACCACAUCCUAACCCCUGAAGACCUCUUCAAAUGGGCGGAAAAAAACAUCCUAGGGGUGAAAUUUAUGUGGAUAAGCAAAGAAAGUGUAAAGUCCAUGGCUGACAAGCUGGAAAGCAGAUUCGCAAAGGCAUCCACGGUGCCAGGUACUAGAGAUAAUCACUGUUUCAAGCCAGUCAAUGCCACAACAAUUGAGGUAAAUCUGAGAUGGUCGAGCGGGAGCAUUCGGACGUUUGGCGUGGAAUGA